AUGGCAACCUCCGAGAACGCAUCAUCAGCCUUUUACGGCACCGUCAUUCACUCAACAUCCCCCACCACAAUCACAAUCCUCCAAAACACCCUCCUCACUAUCUCAUCAGGCCGCAUCGUCUCCCUCCAGCCAGACACAUCCCCCGAUAAGCUCCCCUCUCUCGAAAUCCCCAUCACAAAGCUCGCACCUCAUCAAUUUCUCAUCCCCGGUUUUGUCGAUACGCAUAACCAUGCUCCGCAAUGGAUGCAGCGCGGCCUCGGACAGGGCAUGCACAUUCUUGACUGGCUUGAGGGCGUGACGUUUCCUAAUGAAGCGCGCUUUCGGGAUGUUGAGUAUGCGAGGCGUGUUUAUGCUUCUUUGGUUGAUGGCAUGCUUAGGCAGGGUGUUACUACUGCGAGUUAUUAUGGCUCGCUGCAUGGAGAUGCUACGUGUGUCCUAGCUGAUACGUGUCUUGCAAAGGGUCAGAGGGCGUUUGUGGGCAAGUGCAACAUGGACAGGAACUCGCCUGAUUUCUACCGCGAUGCUAGCACGGAAGAGUCUUUGGCUGAGACGAAGCGGUGUAUCCAGCACGUCCGGUCUAUCGAUCCUGACGGCCAUCUUGUCAGAUACGUCAUCACGCCUCGCUUCGCUAUAUCGUGUGAGCCAGAUCUCCUAGAGGGUCUUGGAGUUAUCGCAUCGGAGAAUACGGAUCUGCCGAUACAGACGCAUUUCAACGAGGCGCAGCAGGAGAUCGAUGCCACGCUCUCCCUGUUCCCGCAGUUUGACAACGAGGUUGACUUGUAUGCGCACUAUAACCUGCUGAAUCAAAGGUCCGUCCUUGCGCACUGCACCAUCAUGACGUCUGGAGAGACGGACAAGUUGGAGGCUCAUGGAUGUGGUGUGGCGCACUGUCCGACGGCCAACAUGACGGUUGGAGGAGGCUUCAUGGCUGCUCCUGUACGGGACUUUAUGAGGCGAGGCAUCAAGGUCGGGUUGGGCACUGAUUCCGGCGGUGGAUUCUCGUCGUCGAUUCUUGACUCUAUGCGUCACGCGCUGAUUGCAUCAUUCUCAAAAGAAGCAGAAACAAAAGGUGCAGAUAAAGGGCUGAGCCUAGACGAGGUGUUUUACCUUGGCACGAUGGGAGGUGCGAGGGUCAUGGGCGUGGGGGAUGAGAUUGGAAACUUUGAGGUUGGGAAGCAGUUUGAUGCUGUCGUCGUGGACAUGGAUUCUUCGAGGCGAGGUGUGAAUGCCCCUGUUGAGGAGGAUGAUUCGACGAGGAGGGUGUUUGACAAGUUUCUCAUGACGGGGGAUGAUAGGAACAUUGUCGAGGUGUAUGUAAGGGGUCGAAAGGUGUAUUCCAUCGAGUAA